CUGGGGGAGGAGGGAGGAGGACCUCGAGAUGUCCUUGUGGGUGGAAAGAAGCGCGUCACUAACACUGACUGAGCAGCCAAGCACACACCGCACACACACACAGGCAGCACAGAGGGAAGACCAGGCAGCCAUCCAGACCGUGGUGCAACAUGGCAACUCUUCAAGAAAAACUGAUUUCAUCUGUUACUCAGGACCGAGCCGAAGGUCCUAGGAAUAAGGUCACAGUAGUUGGUGUUGGCCAGGUUGGGAUGGCUUGUGCUGUUAGCAUUCUUUUAAGGGAGCUCACUGAUGAAAUGGCUUUGGUUGAUGUUCUGGAAGAUAAACUGAAGGGAGAGAUGAUGGAUCUCCUUCAUGGUAGUCUGUUCCUCAAAACUCCAAAGAUUGUGGCCAACAAAGAUUAUUCAGUAACAGCUAAUUCGCGAGUUGUGGUUGUCACUGCUGGAGCACGUCAACAGGAGGGGGAAAGCCGACUGAACCUGGUCCAGAGAAACGUCAAUAUCUUCAAGUUCAUUAUCCCCCAAAUAGUAAAGUACAGCCCCAAAUGCACCAUCAUUGUGGUGUCCAAUCCAGUGGAUAUUCUGACCUACGUGACCUGGAAGAUUAGCGGUUUCCCCAAGCACCGUGUCAUUGGCAGUGGCUGCAAUUUAGACUCCGCCAGGUUCCGAUACAUGAUGGCUGAAAAGCUAGGUGUCCAUGCUUCCAGUUGUCAUGGUUGGGUCCUCGGUGAACAUGGAGACUCCAGUGUUCCCGUUUGGAGUGGCAUCAAUGUGGCAGGUGUUGGGCUCCAGCAGCUGAAUCCUGAUAUUGGAACUCCAAAGGACAAAGAGAACUGGAAAGAUGUUCAUAAAAUGGUGGUUGAAAGUGCUUACGAGGUGAUUAAGCUGAAGGGUUACACAAACUGGGCCAUAGGUCUCAGUGUUGCUGAGCUGGCUGAGUCUCUGAUCAAAAAUCUGAAGAGGAUUCACCCUGUAUCCACCAUGGUCAAGGGCAUGUAUGGCAUCGAGAAUGAGGUCUUCCUGAGCCUGCCCUGUGUCCUGUGUGCUGACGGUUUGACUGACGUCAUCAAGCUAACCCUGAAGGAUGACGAGGUAGCCCAGUUAAAGAAGAGUGCUGACACCCUGUGGGACAUUCAGAAGGAGCUAACAGAUCUGAAAUGAAGUUCUUCAGUGGAACUGUAACAGCUCAGAGCUCAUGCACCAAAGUGUAACAACAGGUGGUAUGCAAAUCGACAUCGUAAUGAAAUAUACCAAAAACAUUGUACGUCACAAAUCUUACUUUGUAAUCUCUCACUGUAUGAUAUUAAGACCUGCAGUUUGCAACAAUAAAAUUUGCAAACUAUC